CGGCUAUAGCUAACUACCGGUAGCUACAUCUUACAUCUUGCUGCUGAUUCGCUUCGGCCCAUGCCUUCACUUCCUUCCGUUUGCUUCCUUCCACAUUUGAUACCGGUACAUAUUCCACCUUAGUGAUCGCCUAUGAAGCACUUAGUACAUCGGUAGCCGAUUACUAUAGAGUAAACAAGCUGCGGCCGUCGGUUAAGCCCGUGCCUGUAAGCCCGUGCCCGUGCCCGUCAGGCGCAAGCACUGUGCACCAUCCACGGUCCACCGGUCAACGCGUCCACCCCACCUCGUCCACCUCCCCCCACCACCCCACCACCACCCCCCUUACCUCCCCCCGCCCCACCAGUAAAGAAGCAAACGAAGAUGCCCACCUCCGCCGAAAGCAAGACAUUCUUCAAGAUCCGCGACUACACAUGGGAGAACAACGCGGAGUUCCAGGCCGGGCUGCGGAGUAUCGUCUCCUCGGCAGCAGCGAAUGAUGUGCGUGUACUCACUAAUAGGGCGAAGUGUUUCUAUUUUGCGAAGAAAACAGGUGUGCAUGUUAGCGACGCGGAAUACCAGGCCUGGCUCGACGGCGGUAUGACGAGUCCGCCUACUACUCCGGACGAGCACGAAGACGAGCACGAGCACGGUCACGGUCACGAAGAAGUGGAGCAGGAGGCGGGAGGGGAGAAAGACGAAGCGCCGUACCCCAAGAGCUUUGCGGAGGUGGUGGAGCUCAUCACCGCUGGCAAGCCGAUCCCGGGGAUCAUGGAGAUCCCAGACACCAUCCUGCCGCUGCCGACGGAAGCGGAAGCGGCGACUGCGCCCGUCAGGAGGAAGCCCUGGGAGAAGGAGUGACGAGUGAUGGGUGGGCACUGAACACUGCAUGGGUUCGGGUGGGGGCAUUGUUGGCAUUGUUGGCAUUGUUGGCAUUGUUGGCAUUGUUGGCAUUGUUGGCAUUGUUGAGGGUUGGCGAGUGGGACAUGUGUACCUACCGUAUGGUGGCUGGCCU